GUUUGCUAUCGCAUUCGCCAAAACAAGAAAGUUUCUCUCAUUCCGUGAUUUCCCACAACGAAGAAAAUUUAAUAAAUAACCCUUCAACCGUAAAUGUAUUUCCUGGCAAAUUAUGGUGCGAAAUAAUUCUGAAACCGCGAUGGUGACGAAAUAUUCAGUUCGAUAUGUACUGUUGUUUCCAUGGUGCGGGCCUGACCCUAAAGAUACUAGAAGUGCUCGCUGUAUGUCCUGUAACAAAUCGUUUAAGAUAGACACGAUGGGAAAAGCGGCUUUUAUUAGCCACGAGAAAUCUAAAGGUCACCAAAUGAUUAUAAAAAUGCAGAGCUCUAACACACUUAUGACCCAUUAUGUUGACUCCAAAGAAGCACCGAAAACUGACGAUUCAACGCAAAAUCUCUGCAGUAUAAAUUCUACAAUCGUUGAACCGAGUGAACGUGAUCCUACUAUUUGUUUGAAUAGUAUUAUUCCAGACACAGUUUGCACACCUUCAAGAAGCGCAGGUGCGACAAUGAAAAAAUAUGUGCUGAAAGAAGCAGUCACAAAGGCAAAGAUUUUGUGGUGUUUUCAUACAUUGCAACGCACAGUUCAGCCCGUAGCGCUGGAACAUUGGCUUCUGUAUUUAAAUCAAUGUUUCCAGACAGUGAUAUUGCGGCAAGCUUUGAGCUUGGGCGAUCUAAAAUUGGUUACUUGAUUACCUAUGGACUAGCACCAUAUUUUACUCAAAAGAUUCUCGGAGUACUGACUCAACUUUCGGAGUUCGUCGUAGGAUUCGACAAAAGCCUUAACAAAAUCGCUCAAAAACAGCAGAUGGACAUCGUGGUUCGGUA